AUGGCGCGAUCCGCCCUUAUAUACAUUGUGGACAUUUUUAUGUAUAGAAUGGGACGAAGAUACCACUGCUCGAUAAGUUUGCUUCUUUAUUUCAUUCAAUAUCAGCACGUUUUCCAUGUCACGAAAGGUGACCUUUGUUCCGUUGACAUAUGUAAAUCCCAGGGUAAUACCCCACAGUGCCCGGAAGGACAUGGGGUCAUUCUUCUGCGAGAUGUCCUCAUUUCUUCUGGAAGUUCUCCAGCAUUGGGGUCCUGCACCAAAGCUGGGGUUUUCAAUCUGCUGGCCAAAGUGUGUAACGCAAGAACUUCGUGUCAAGAACAUUUACUAAGACAAAUACAGAGACAGUGCUGCCAAAUGACGCCAGAGUUUAAAGCCUCGGAGAAAAUGGAGGUGAUUUACAACUGUAUACAAGAGAACAGAAUAUACGACGUUUGUUCUGGUCAUCGACUUCCCGUACCUGAUUUUCACCGACAUGUUCUCAGCCCAAAUUUCACAGACGAGCCUGCAAGACGAGACAUCGUCAAGUUACCUUUCUGCCAAUGGAGUAUCCCGAUUCCAAGUGGCAACAGACUAACACUGAGCGUCAACGAUCUCUACGUUGGACCAGGCGCAUCGUGUGAAGGGGAGACGUCAUUUAGGCUUCAGUUCAUGGACACUUCUGGGUCUUAUCAGCACCUGCCUGCCUCCGUGCUCUGUGGGACAUCAGGUGUUCCCUCGGGUGUCGAGGAAUCUUAUUCCCAUGAACCCAUCUUAUUGCCCGAAGGGUCCAGGAGAGCCGUAGUCUGGUUCACACCUGUCAAUCCUAAAGAACGACUGUGGUUUUCUUAUCAAUUCACCGAUGCCAAGAAAGCAGAUAUAGAAUACAAUAUUCCAAGCCAACUUGGAUGUGGGUCUCAUCGAUAUGUAAAACCUACCACAAAGGCAACGACAAUGACAACGACAACAACAACUUCAGAGAUUCCUUACCAGUCUACUUCACGGGCUUAUCAGACCAGUAGGCCUACACUCACUACAAAUACAGCUCAAUACAGCACUAAAGUGUUAACGGGCGGAGUGGUCGGCCUGCCAGCGGAAGUCACGACUUCAGUGGUUCCGGUCUACAAGAGUGGGACCCAGUCACAGGCCGUGUCUCCAAAACUGUGUGCGGAAGAAGUGUCUGACGAAACCCAUCAUCUACAGAGGUUUAUUUUGAUAGGAACACUAGCAGGAGUCGGGGUGGUGGCCAUUGUGUUCGUCAUUACUUCGCUUGUUUUGUUCACCAAGCUCUUGAGUCGAUCCCGUCCGCGUGGGAACGGUCUGGUUCGUUUCAUCAAGGCGGAUCGUCUGGACAGCAAACCUGUGGUGAUGGAGGUGGAGUGCGUGGAACGAUCUUCACCCCGUUUCCAGCGACCUUCCCGAGCCAACCGCAGGACCAACAUCGUGUUGACCGAACCCCGAGACAGAGCCCUAUCCGUGCAUAGCUCCGAGAGUCCAAUUUACGCGAUGCCUUACAAACAACCAGCCAUUCGAUAUGGUAGUGCGAAACGCAUCAAGAACGGUCAACACCGAGUGAUGAUUGUCGAAGAUCCGCCAUGCGUAAAAACGGCUGAAGUGACAGAUCCCGUCUCGAGUAAACGUGGAUCGUUCACUGUCGAGGAAGACAUGCUCAGCUUGAUUUCUGGUUGCACGGUGACAAGUAGCGGAGUGUCCGUCAGUGACGGCGACACGGCAGAUCUGAAGGAGUUGAUGAACAGUCUAAGGAGAAACAGUUCUACUUCUCAUCCAGCUGUGAUUACUCCAAAGGUACCAAGUGUCAGGGUGCGAGCUGAAAUGCGGCGCCCGCGAUUCCCGCCGGAUGUCGCCACAGACCCCAUUGUGCGGCUUCCUUCACACACCCCUGACGUCAGUAGUCACAUUGCCGCCAACCUGUAUGUAAACAGUAACAACAACAGCAGGGCAGCCCAAGAUGGCGGCUAUGAACUCUGUAGGCCAUUUCCUGUGUCUAAUGAUGACUAUUCGAAUAACGCGCUUUAUGACACAUCUGCAGCAAAAUAAAUAAUCAACUGCCAACUCAUAUCAAUAACAGACAAAUAGGCAUAAAAUUCUCCAAAUAUUGUCAUCAGCUUUUAGCCAGAAUACGACGACAGUGGCCCAUAUUAUCCUCGAAGGCGUGGAUCCGAUCCUUAAAUGUGCCUACUCUUAGCCCCUUUUGGCCUUAAAAAAGUGGUCAUCCUUUAGCCGAGCAAUCACGCAAGAGGUCUUUGUUCCAAUUAGUUUUGCAAGCCUGGUUUUGUGCUUCAGGGCCAAGAGGUCAUUUGAGCAUUUGACAAAGGCCAAUAUAGUUCCUAUCAGGUACAUUGUAGGAACAGCCUGACUUUCUCCACACUAUUGGGUAAUACUCAUUACCAUCGCAUAAGUAAAGUCUGUGUAUGAAAAGCUUAAAAAGUAAAAAUAUAAAUAAAUAUCAUAA